AUGCCGCGGCCGGAAGCAGGCCUGGCGCGCGGAUCACCGCAGCGCCGCCGGCUUGGUGACCAGCCCCCAGGAGCGCGCGGCGGGCCUGCUCUGUCCACGGGGCCCGGACACCCGCUGCCCUUUUUACCCAGCAAGGUGCCCCCUGGACAGUUACGUGUGUGGAGCGAGGGGCUGACAGCAUUGCAGCAGGAGCCCUGGCUGCUGGGAGAGGAGGAGGGUGCCUUGCCCUCACGGGGAGAGGUGGCCUCGGCGAUGGGCCGAGUAUGGGUUUCCUGGGGCAGCCGUAACAAAGCCCCACGGACAGACGGACAGGCGGACGGACGGGGCGGCUUAGACGACAGCCCGCUUGUCUCCAUCCCGGAGAUGUUUCUCCCCGAGGAGGACGGGGCCGUCCCUGCCUGGGGGGUUGCAGAUGCCCACGUGUACACCCUAAACCCACGAGGUGCCGGCCCACUGCCCUGGGGUCCCUGGAUCCUCAGCCUGGACAGAACUCCUGAUGUACCCCUGGGCCUGCGUCCACAGCCUGGCCUGCUUGGGACAGCCCCGUGGUCCCCGGACCCUCAGUUUCUGGCACCCCCAUCGCUCAGCAGAUCUGCCAGCCCCCUGGUUGGCCUGGAGUCGAGAACUGCCCAUGUGGGCCGCCUGCUGGGCCUCUGCGCCGGCCAACUGUCCACACGUGGCCAGGAGCUCACAGCCACGGCCGCCGUGGCCCCUCGAGUGGAGACCCUCCGUGGCGUCACCGCACCUGAACAGACGCGCUGGCCCGGCGCCUUCCGGCCAGUGCUGCCCAGGCUGCCUCGGUCUCCCUUGCGGGUGUUUCUGAGAUGUGUGCCCACCAGGCCUUCAGGCAGCGGCGUGGGAAGACCCCCUCUGCCCUCCGUUCUCUCCCGCCUGAGGCCACUGUCCCCCGUCCUCCCGCUGUCCCACCCCGCCUCCUUCCCCGUCCACUCUGCUGUACCCCUGACCUUUGACUCUGGGGCGUCUCCCCCCACCCAGUGCCCCAGCCCUUGGGGUUUCUUGAGCCCUGCCUUUGCCUUCUCCCGCAUGGCCCAGUUCUGUCCGGUGCAUGGCCCCCGCACUUGGCCCAGGUCGCCCCCGCCCCUUGCCCAGCCCCAGGCUCCUCCCAAGCUGCCCCAAAGUAGCCUUGGUCGCCGAGGGCGGGUGCGGCUGUCCUCGUGGCUCCUGGGGAGCCAGCUCCCUGGCAGUGCUGACCGCAGAGCCGAAAUCAGUGUGGCUCUGACGGCCCCUUCCAGCCGUCCCCGGGGUCCUCUCCACAUGCCGCCUCAGAGCUACCUGCUUCACCUGCCCAGGGCCGGGAGGCGGGAGCGCGUGGUGAACAGCGCCUUCGGGAUGGAGAAGGCCCUGUGGCCCGCGGCCACGCCAGGACACUGGGUGGACCCGGGUUCAGGAGCCAAGCAGCCUGGUGGACGCCGGGCACCCCUGACGGCCGACUCUGCAGGGAAGCAGGUUCCCAUGCAGGUGGGCGGCCACAGGAAGGGGCGGCUGGGCCAGAGUGGCCGGGGAGCUGGGCUGCAGGAUAUACCAGGAGGUCCCCCUGGGGUCUCGAGUUUGCAGCGGAUUGGGCUGCCUGGCGGGGAUCCCGAGGAAGGACCUUUCCGGGACGACCCGUGUCCCCUAGGGGUGGCACCGCCGCCCGAGAAGGCCGAGGGCCGAGAGGGCCCAGGACAGCUGUUCGGCACAGACGAUGGAGAGAGGGCAGUGAACCGCGAGGGCCCCCGCGGGCCGGGCAAGCGGCGCCUCAACGUGGACGCGCUCCAGUGUGACGUCUCGGUGGAGGAGGAUGACGGCCAGGAGUGGACGUUCACGCUCUAUGGCUUCGACAACAGUGGCAGGGCCACCAGAGAGGACAUGUCCAGUCUGAUGCACACCAUCUACGAGGUUGUCGAUGCCUCGGUCAACCACUCCUCGGGCAGAAGCAAGACCCUCCGAGUGAAGCUGACCGUCAGCCCUGAGCCCUCCAGCAAGAGGAAGGAAGGCCCCCCCGCCGGCCAGGACCGGGAGCCCACGCGAUGCAGGAUGGAGGGGGAGCUCCCCGAGGACCCCAGGGUGGCCGACAAGAGGCUGUCCACGCACAUCAGGAGGCCCACCGCCGACCCCCAUCCCUGCUCCGAGCGGGGGCCCUACUGCGUGGAUGAGAGCACGGAGCGGAGGAACCACUACCUGGACCUGGCGGGAAUCGAGAACUACGCAUCUAAGUUCGGACCAGGGUCCCCCCCGGCGCAGGCCAGGCAGGAGCCCCCAGCCAGGGCCGCCCACCCGCAGGGCCGGUCCCGCUCCCAGGAGUCGGAUGCACACGCUGUGCACCAUCGCCGCUGCCUGGGGCUGGCCGAGCCCGCUCUGCUGGCCGCUGAGCCCGUGCCGCGGGCCCUGGACCUGCCGGCCCGGCCGAAGGGGCCGGAGAGGCCGUUCCUGAGGUCCCCGCAGGGCUCGGGGCGGCCGCCCGGGGCCCCCAGUGGGGGCAGGCCCGGGAGAGCCUUCAGCUUCCACCCGCCGGCCCCCCAACCUCAGGCCCCGCCCCAGGACGGUCACCAUGUCCCGCAGUCCCUGCCCCCACCCUACGGCCACAGGCGGUGCCGGCAGCGGGGCCGGGAGGGCCACUCGCCGCUCAAGGCCGCACCAGGCCAGCCCGCGGCGCUGGAGCACGAGGCAGCGCGGGAGCUGCCACCCGCGCUGCUGGGCGAGGCCUGCGCGGUGCCGGCGGUCCAGCGCCACGAGCACCACCACCACCACGAGCACCACCACCACCACCACCACCACCACCACCCGGCCUAG